AUGUAUCGGUUUUUAAUUGUUAUAUGCAUUUUGCUGCAUGCGAACCACAACUUCGGCGCUUACGUGUCGGAGCAAAAGAUAAGCAAAUGUGACAAGAAUCCUUUGGUGGAUUUGACAUUCCAGUUGAGUGGCAGUAAUUUACGCUGGCCUUGUGAUUCUACUAAAAAUAUAUUCGUGCAAUCCGGGCGCUAUGUGCCGCGUAAUGUGAUUGUGACACGGGCACAAUUACUGAAGGAUUCAGCUUUCGUAGCUGUGCCACGCUAUAAACAAGGUGUACCCUUUACUUUGGGUAGAGUCAGCCUGAAGAAGGGACAAUGCUUGACCAAAAUUUCACCCUAUCCCUGCUGGGCCAUACAAGAAGAGGGCAACUGUCAAGCUUUACAAUCAGUUGUGGAUAUUGCGGUUGAUAAAAAUGGUCUCCUUUGGGUUUUGGAUGUGGGCAUUGUUAAUACUUUACAGCAGCCGAUACGCCGUUGUGGACCGAAAAUCGUUGCCAUCAACACAGCCGAUAACAAAGUGGUUAAAAGCAUCGACAUGAGUGAUUUGGUAACAGCUGAUUCCCGUCUGCAAUUCAUUGUCGUGGAUUACUCAAAGGAUGGAAAACCGUUUGUUUACGUAGCUGAUGCCGGCGCACGUUCUAUACUCGUCUAUGAUAUUACCGGUUCUAAAUCCUAUCGUAUUGUUUUACCCAAAGCAACAGCGCCAACACAAGAUGUGCUCUACAUGGCAUUAACGGUUAGGCCCGACGAUACUUCAACACUAUUCUUCACCUACUUAAGCUCACCACGUUUAUACUCAAUCAAAGGUCAUCAUUUACGUGUUGGCCAAGGUGCUGGUGCUAUUAUUGAUGUUGGUCCCAAGCCAUUUGGGAAACAAAUGGUUUUAUUAGGUGCUGAUGGUGGCACCUCAUUAUUCUUCCGUUAUAAGGGCGAAAAUGACAUUUAUAUGUGGGACUCGGAAACAUGCUUUAAAGUAGCCAACUUACAGGAAGUUCAACGCGGUGGUGACUGCCGUUUAUCAACACAGGUUUUACCAGGUUACAAGCGUUUCAUGUGGGCCUUAGAAAGUAAUUUCCACGAUUUUAUUUCGGAGCGCACUGGCUGUAAUGGUGCCUCAAUAGUACUACACCCGGUUGUGCGAGACUGUGAUGACUGAAUUUAGAAUUGUAACUCUAUUCUUAGUUAUACUAUAGUAGUAUAAUU